CGCAGACGAUCGCUCGUAGCGAUCGAUUGAUACGUGUUGUACGCCACGGUCAGCGAUUGUCCGACCAGCACAUCGUACACCUGUCGGUCCAGAUCAUGUCGCUGAGAAUACUGUAUCGUACCGAACAUCGUGGACACGACAAUCGGUCGUUCGUACGGUUCGAUCGCCUCGCGCCAUCGAUCUCUAUCGAAUAGCAGCUCGUACAAUUGCGUGAUCUCGGGAUUGCGCCCGAUCUGCGAUACCAUAUUCUGCAGCUCAUCGAAGAUGAUCGGCGACAGGUUCCAUAUGUCUACCAUAAGUUCGCGCACGCACUCCACCACAGAGCGCAACCAUACGACCUCAGCCAUGAGUCACCGUCGCGCGGAGACGACGACGAUGCGGUAGUGGCGAACGCGUUGAUCGCCGAUGAUCUCGUCGCGCGACCGAUCGACGACGGCAACGCGGGCUCGUCCCUGGGGUGCUAUUCUGUACAUGCCUACCGACAGUUGUCGGUGUCGUUAACAGCGUCGGUCGACAAAUAUGAAUAAAUGCGAUUCUGUACCACUCUUAACGACAAAUGUUUAACGAUACUUAUCGUUAAUAUACGACAAAUCUCGUUAAAUUUAACGUGACGGAAACGUUCUACCGACAAAUUUCGAAGGAAAAUAUAUGUUCUUUUUAACUACAGUUUUGUUCGGAAAUUCGCUGUCGGUAGGCUUAUAGUGCGUGGGCGCCUAAAACAAACGCAAGCUUAGAAUGAAGAACAAAACCUAAAAAGGAAUAAAGAUUGUAGCUUGUAAAACAUUGCAAAAUGAAGGCAGAAGGAUUCCUAGCAUGGGAUAUUUUAUAUUUGGAGCAUCGCAUGAGGCGUUUAGAACGUCGUAUGGAGAGAAAGAAUUGAAGAGAAUUGCAUGAUCCUUUUGAUCUCCGCAAUAUCGAAUUUCUCAAGUUAUAUAGACUAAGUCCAGAGAUCGUAAUAGAUUUAAUUGAAACAUUAAGACCAAGAUUGGAACAUGAGCGACCAGGUGGUCUUAGUCCUGAACGUCAGGUUUUAGCCACUUUAAGGUUUUAUGCUGUUGGAUGUUUUCAAAGUGCUAUAGAAGAACAAUGGGAUAUUGCAAUAAGCCAGCCUUCUGUUUGCCGCUGUAUACGAAAAGUAACUGACGCAAUAAAUGAUCUACGACAAUGGGUACGAUUCCCCACGACAGAUGGCGAACGUCAAGUCGCCCGGGAAAAGUUUAGGAUUGCUCCACAACCGUUUAUAGUGCAAUUGGAGUCAUCGAUUGCACUUAUAUAAACAUUAAAGGGCCAAAAGAGCACGAAGAAGCAUACGUGAAUCACUGGAGUGACCAUACUCUCAACGUUCAAAUGAUCUGUGAUCCUGAUUUAAAAAUAUUGAAUGUAAAUGCGCGAUAUCCAGGUGCACGACACGAUACUUAUAUUUGGUCAAAUUCUCCUAUACGACGUAUAAUGGAACGAAGAUAUAAUAAUGGAGAACGCAAUACUUGGUUAAUUGGUGAUGAUGGAUAUAGCUUAGAGCCAUGGUUAAUGACACCUCUAAAACAUGAAAUACCAAAUACACCUAGGUUUCAAUAUAACGAGGAUCUGUGCAGCGCUAGAUCGUGCGUGGAACGUCUAUUUGGCGUCUGGAAAUCCGUGUUCAGGUGUUUAUCUGCCCAGAAGCGUUUAAUGUAUGAGCCAGGUAUGGCUGGUAAAAUUAUUAACGCAUGUGCCGUGUUACACAACAUGAGGAUUGCUCAUCGUAUACAAGACGAAGAAUUAAAUGAAAUGCAUGAAAACUUGUAUCACGUUAACAGACCAAAUAGAGCUGUGGAGUAUGACGACAGAGGUUAUGCAUAUCAAGGGCGGGCACUUGCCAUACGUAUUCAGGAGAGUUUUAUUACUCGGCAUUAUGGGAGAAUAUAAAAAAAUUAUUUCUCUAAAC